AUGAGCAGCACCAUCUUCUCCGAAUCAUCACCAUAUUUUAAAUCACUCUUCCAUUCAUUUAAAUUCCCAUUUGCACCAAUUAAUGGUGUUUUUAUCGGAAAGAGAAAGGAUGAUAAAACUGUGGAAAUUACCGAUUGUGUUCCUCUCUGUCACUCUACUUCAUCAAUAUGUACCACUCCUUUGGUGGAAAUGGCUCUUAUUCAAAUUGAUAGAAUUAUUGGAGAUGAUUUAACAAUUGUUGGAUAUUAUUUUGGUACUGAUUAUGCUGAAUUGUCAUCAGAUUUUACCGUACCAUCAAUUCAUACUUCAAUCUUUACUAAAAUUUCUGAAAAUUUCCCUGGAGCUUUACUUUGGAUGCUUGAAGAUAAGAAACUCAAUCAACUUUCUAAAUCUAUGGUAUUCAAGACUUAUCAAUUAAAAUCAAGCAAAUUAGUACCAUGUGAUUGUGAUAUUAAGGGUUUACAAGAAUCAGAUUUCCAAACACUUGCUGAUCACUUAGAAAAGUCAACCUUUGAUUCUCUUGUCGAUUUUGAAAUACACACAGACAAUCCUUCACUUGACUAUUUCAAUAAAUCCUUAAAAUUGUAA